GAGGCGGCACAGAUAGAAGGACAGCAGCAUUGGUCGUUGAGCUUGAUGCUUUUCAUUCCAUUCAAUAUGACAUGAAAUGCUGCGCACUGAGGUUUAUAGUGGGAUAAUCAUCAUUUAUUUUGGAGACUUUUAAAGUAGCAGAGAAAUGAAGACGAGCAUUGGAAAAUCACAAAACUUUGGCAUCGACGCGCUCCUGGCCCCCCCGCCGGACCGGGACGAAGUUUCGUCGGGGUCGUACGGCCAGAGUCCCGGGGACAGCCCGGGGUCCUGCCCCGGCUCCGAGACCCCCUCCCCUCGGCGGACCCCGAAUCACCACGCUCACAUCACCGCGAAUCUGCUCUCUAAAUGCCCGCUCCUCAGCUACUCCCAGUCGGGGUUUCCAACGAUGUCCCCGUCGGUUCAUCCCGGAUUGUACCCGGGCUCCAUGUACCACCUGGCCGCCCUGGGGGGCCAGCACCCCGCCUUCUUAUACCCGGGCUUCCCCCAUCUGGUCCAGCCUUGCCCGGAGCAGUUUAAAGGGUCGGGUCUGACCCGGUCACCCCAGCUGGAGUCGUGGAUCAGAACUGGGAUGUUACCCAGAUUUGGAGAUUAUGCAGCGUCCUCGCAAGCGGGGCUCCUGGGGAAGUGUCGAAGGCCCCGCACCGCCUUCAGCAGCCAGCAGCUGCUAGAGCUGGAGAACCAAUUCAAGCUCAACAAGUACCUGUCCCGGCCUAAGAGGUUCGAAGUGGCCACCUCCCUGAUGCUCACGGAGACCCAGGUGAAGAUCUGGUUCCAGAACCGUCGAAUGAAGUGGAAGAGGAGCCGCAAAGCCAAGGAGCAGAACGCCUCCGGGACGGGGAGCCCCGGGGCCGGGCGGGACCAGGCCAGGCCCGGGACUGGGAGCCCCGGGGGCGGGCAGAACCAGGCCCGGCCGCGGGACAGAAGCCACAGCUCCGGCCUGGAAGACGAGGAAGAGCUGGAGAGGGAGCAGGACGACUACGAAGAUGAGGAUGAUGAGGAUGAUAAUGAGAGUGACGAAGAAGAGAUCGAAUUCAUGAACCGCGGGCCGGGCACUUCGGGGGCCGCUGGCCUCCGGAAGAACAGUGGGGGAGGGAGGGAGGUACGAUGA